AUGGGGUGCUUCACAGUUUUGAAGAGCAAGAAGAAAAAGUCUGAGCAGAGUAUUUAUAUUAAACGUGUCCCUAACCAUAAGGAGCAAACGCCAGCUACGUUGCCUGAACCCCAAGUACAGACCCGCUCGCUACAGUCUGCACCCCCGAGUUUUAGGAACAGAGUGAAACCUAUUCAGCCGGUUAAUAGCAGAGCCACCAACAAUAGAACACGGGCAUUAUCUGCUCCAUCGACCCUUGAUGCAGCAGACCAAGAGGCUCUCUCUUCAGUUGAAUAUGAAGAACCAGAAGACUCAAAGUACCGGUCUGGAACGAUAAAGGAACAGCUGUCCCCAAUUCCCCAACCUCUUCCUCUCCCAUCACCUCAGGGUGCUGCUGCACUGAGGACUACAGGAAGUUUUAAGUCAGUGACUACUAGCGGCCCUCUCUAUGCUUCUGGACCAUUGCCACUGCCUCCUACAGGAGCACUGCCUGCUGGAACACUACCUACUGGAACACUACGGAACUUUUUAUAUGAAGAAAUAGCAUCAGCUUGUCACAAUUUUUCUUCAGACCGAUGCAUGUCAGAAGGCCUUUCGUCUAUUAUUUACAAGGCUUCCUUUGGAGAUGAUUCAUCAAGUUCGAAAAAAUUUGAAGCUACUGUUACUCGCCUUCACCCAUCCACUCAGGGUUUAAAGGAGUUCAUAAAUGAGAUCAACACCCUUGCAUCUUUGCAACAUCCAAACCUUUGUAAAUUGCUUGGUUUCCAUGCACGUGAGGGUUCAGAACAAAAAAUGUUGGUCUACGAGAGGCUCUUUCAUGGAAGUUUGGACCGGCUUUUGUAUGGAAGAUCAGACAAGCCCCCAAUAGACUGGAAUACAAGAAUGAAAAUUGCUUUAUGUGCUGCACAAGGUCUUACUUUCUUGCAUGAAGAAGGGCCUUUCCAGGCAAUGUACAAUGAAUUUUCAACUGCCAACAUACAGAUUGAUAAAGAUUUUAGUGCAAAGCUUUCAGGAUAUGGUUGUGUCGGCCAUAUUCCUGAGGCAGAGAUCUCUAAUAAUUCCGUUGCAGUGGCAAAUCUAUCAGUAGAGACACUUGAAAGAGGAAUGCUCACCCCAAAAAGCAAUGUUUGGAGUUUCGGGAUUGUGCUUCUUGAAUUACUCACUGGUCGGAGGAAUCUUGACAGCCGUCAUCCCAAGGAAGAGAGGAAUUUAGUUAAAUGGAGCCGGCCUUUCCUAGCUGAUGACUGUCGACUUUCACUAAUCAUGGAUGCUCAGCUGAAGGGCCGCUUCCCAGCCAAAGCAGCUAGAGCUGUGGCAGACAUUGCACAGAGAUGCCUUCAGAAGGAUCCAUCAGAAAGACCCACAAUGAGAACUGUUGUUGAGCAUCUCAAGAUCGUACAAGAAAUGAAGUACUCAAGUAGGUUUCCUUUGCAAGAGCCAGCAUUUGCUGGAAAACAUAUGUCAAGAUCGCCCAGUCUUAACGGAAUAGUAACCCCUGUGCCUCGGUUAAGUUUCUCUCCUUCGCCGCCAUCAAGAGCCCGUCCAUCCAUUUCACCUACAAGACGACCUGCCCUACCUAUGUCCCUUCCUCCACGUGCUUGUUCCUCCACCCUCACUCUGGAGGAGCUAGGCCGGCAGCAAAGCCGGAAAUCAUCAUCAGCAGUUCCUAGGACUAGUGUUGAGGGAUUUUGA